AUGCCCUUGGAAGAUUACCUUCAGCCAGGUUAUCUCACCCAGAUCCUUGGGGAAGGCCAUGGAAAUAUGUCCCUGCUAGACUGUAUUAUGAUGGGUCUCAUAAACCUUAAGACAGAAUCUCCUCUUAGGACCGUCAAUUUCACAGGAUUCAAAAACGAUAAAAAAUUAUGUCGGGAGUUGACACGGCUUCCAAUUCUUUGGCUUCAUCCAAAUGACCGAAAGGUGGAUUACAUUCAUGGAAUUAUUAGUAAAACUAUUGAAAUCACACCAGACAGAGUGUUAAGGUAUCUUAAUAGAAUAGCAUCAAUUUAUUCAAAUAUGGAUCCAUAUAUUAAACAUGGAAACAAUACACGUCCAAUAAAAAUAAGCAUUAACUGUAAAGUGACAUUGGAUGAUGUUCCCAUUGGAAUUGUUCUUCAAGAAGUUACACCAUUUCGUUUUGACUGUACUCGGCUAUGGAUGGAGCCAAUUGCAGAAAUCUACCUCCCUCUCCGGAACAUUCCUUUUAUUAUUAAUGCUCAGGGCAUUACUCAUCUUGAAAUUGAAGAUCAGAAUCUAUGUGCAGAUUCUGUUAGGUUUAAUGACAUGCUUGAAGGCCUUUUGCUAUUGCCAGAUUUAAUUGUGCUGAGCCUUCCAAACACAAUUCAUGUUAAUGAUAACCCAGAAAAUGUUGUCCAGCUAAACCAAAUCCUCCAAUCUCUCACCAAGCUAAAAAAACUCAAUCUCCCUUCCUGCAACCUCCGUGAUUCUCUUGAGCUCUUAAUUGGUAAUUUAACACAGCUAUUCGAUUGCCUGAACCUUCGUGACUGCCGCCUUAAUGAAACUGAUCUUGUCUUUCUUGUUAACUGGCCUCUUCUACCUGGCUUGCAUGAGUUGAAUUUGAGUCGAAAUAACUUAAAGUCUGUAGCAUCCAUUUGUGUCAGUCUGUUGGAGAAGAUGCCAAGGAUUACUUGUUUCUCAAUCUCCUAUUGCUGUCUUGGCCCACAUAUGAUCCAGAGGGUAACUGAAAAGUGUAGUGAGUGUCUUGAACUGAAAACAUUGGCUAUACAAACAUUCACACCACUUCCAUUCAGUGAUGUUCGUGAUAUUCUUCAUGGAUGUGCACAAAUCAAAGUUUUGCAGAUCUGCACCAUCGUUCCUGAAACAUAUGCAUUUCCUGGGGCAGAUGACGAGAUUCGAAUGCACAACCGAGAACUCUUUGUUGCAUCCUGUCAGGUUUACUUACAGGAAUUUGGCCGACCUGAUAUUGAAAUCGAAUGA